UGAAUUACACAGUACCAUGGUUCCUUUUUAAGAUAUGUUGCAUGCCCUUCGUGUUCUGCUUUCUAAUCUACAAAUUCAAGAGAAGACAUUUAUCAACUUUCGACUGCAUCGAAGAUUACUUGAAGGGUCAGAACAAUUUGGUGCCUAUAAGGUACUCUUCUUGGGAGAUUAAAACUAUGACUAAUGGGUAUCGCCAUAAAUUGGGGAAAGGAGGAUACGGUUCUGUCUACAAAGGAACUCUUCGUAGCGGAACCCUCGUGGCUGUAAAGGUGUUGAGCAAAGCCAAAUCAGAUGGACAGGAAUUCAUUAAUGAAGUCUCUACCUUAGGAAGGAUUUAUCACGUCAAUGUGGUUCAACUUAUUGGUUUUUGUGCUGAGAGGUCUCAACGCGCUCUAGUUUAUGAGUUCAUGCCCAAUGGAUCUCUCGAGAAGUAUAUAUUUUCAGGACAAGAAAAUGACGCGUCCUUGAGAAACGAACAAAUUUUCAAAAUCGCCCUUGGAGUCGCUCGUGGAAUCGAGUAUCUUCACCGAGGUUGCGACGUGAAAAUCUUGCAUUUUGACAUAAAGCCUCACAACAUUCUUCUUGAUCAAGAUUUCACUCCAAAGGUUUCAGACUUUGGUCUUGCAAAACUUUAUCCCACACAAGACAGUAUUGUUCCCUUAACUGCAAUAAGAGGAACCAUGGGCUACAUUGCCCCUGAAUUAUUCUAUAGAAAUAUUGGAGGGAUAUCAUAUAAAGCAGAUGUCUAUAGUUUCGGAAUGUUGUUAAUGGAAAUGGCUAGUAAAAGAAAGAAUUGGAGUUCAUCAGCCGAUUGCUCAAGUCAAAUUUACUUCCCCGCUUGGAUUUACAAGCAAUUCAAUGAUGGAAUAUUUAUAGAAAUGAGAGACGUGAAUGAAGAGGAGGCAGUGAUUGUGCGUAAAAUGAUGUUGGUGGCCUUAUGGUGCAUUCAAAUGAAGCCAAAAGAUAGACCACCAAUGCAAAAAGUUGUGGACAUGCUUGAAUCUGAUAUAGAGUUUAUCGAGAUUCCUCCUAGACCUUUUCUAUUCGGUGAAGACUUGUCAACUCAGAAUAAUAGUAAUCUAUCUGGUGCUGGUAUUAAUGCUAUUACUAUGGAUAUAAGUGCACGUUAAAUGUUCCUUGCCUUGAAACAAUUGAAUCUGUUUAUUUUUAGUUAAAUUUGAGCUGUUAAUGAUGACAACACAAGAUAAUACAAAUUCAUGAUGGUUUAGUUUAGAUCCUUUUAGAGUUUAAUUUUGAUGGAUACUCCAACAACUUACCAAAAGUGAGAUAUUACCCUUGUGAUGGACAAAGGUAAGAACUGUACUUUAACGAAGCUUUGAUGAUAUCUAGGAAUGAUCAAUUGGGCAUCAAAUGAAUUUGCAGAUAUCUAG